AUGCCUCUGUGGAUUUACUUUUGCUUUUUGAAUCUCUUUACAGGUCUCAAUGAUGCGAAUCAAAGUUGGAAUCGCUCAAAGAGAGAAGCAGUAACGUUACAACCUUACAAUUACCGAACUCUCGGGCGGUUCGGGCAACGAAAUUGGCGAACUCAUUAUCCGAAAUGCGGUUUGAACAAUCAAAGUCCGAUUGAUAUCGACUUGAAGCAAGUCAAACCGGGAGAUUUUCCGACAAAUCUUCGUACGACGAAUAUUGAUACGAAACCUUUGGAAAUUGAAAUCAGGAAUAACGGAUAUACGGCGUUGGUUAAAUAUUUUUGGCCUUGUUGCCCGCCGAAGAUUUAUGGAGGACCCUUAACGGAUGUUUAUGAAUUUGUUGGAUUGCAUUUUCAUUGGGGUACGGAUGACAAGAGCGGAACAGAACAUUCCGUUGAUGGGCAACAUGGCGCUAUGGAAGCUCAUAUGAUCUUUAAGAAUGAGAGGUAUGAGUCGAAGGAGAAGGCGUUGGAUCAUAAUGAUGGAUUGACUGUUUUUGCUUGUCGGUUUAAGUGUGAUCCAACUGCUCCUCCAUUCAAUCUUCUCGAAGGAGUUCGUCUUGUUUCAAAAUGGGGCGAUACAGCAAAGAGUUUCUAUCCAGAUACAGUUCCCUUAACUGAGUUAAUUGGAUCUCCUGAUUUCCAUUAUGCUUUCUAUCAUGGCGGAUUAACAACUCCUCCAUGUUCUGAAAGUGUUCAAUGGAUUGUGAAUUUGAAUUUAAUACCAAUGAAUUGCUCUCAAUUAAACUAUCUCCGUGCCAUGAAAGACAAACGUGAACUUGAAAUCUCGGGCAAUUUUCGCGAAAUACAAAAACUCAAUAAUCGAUCAGUUUUCAUCUCUUGAAGUUCAAGUGUUCCAAUUAUGAGUAUUUAACCGCAAAUCAAGCCGAGACAAGACAAGACAAGAAACGAGAACGAACAAUCGUACAUUGAAUCAUUAAUUAAACGUCUUAACAUUGUUUUACUUUUUUUAAAAAAAAAAAUCUUAAACUUAUGUAUUUAGGACAAUCGAGAAAACGAGAAUUGUUCGAGAGAGACAAUUAAACUACAAAACAAAACAAUAAAUAACGCCUUAACAUU